CUACGCCUCCCACGCCUUGAAGCUUCAUCUCUCAACACACACACACGCACACACAGACGUUGCUACUCAAGCACACAGCGUCCACUUCUUUUGACAAAGACAGCCACACGACGCCCACACAGCCUCCCGCCCUUUCAACAUGAAGCCAACCACGCUCCUCUCCGUCUGUCUCGCUGCCUCCCUCCCUCUCGCCUCCGCCAGCCCCAUCGCCGCUAAGAAUAGCCCUUCCAAGACCGAAAGCACGCCCACUACUCUCACGACGACAUCUAUCCCCGUCCUCCUCCUCCACUCGCACCUGGAAGCGCGCGGUGAGCCGCCGACGACGUCCAGACCUGGACAUAGGUCUGCGACACGAUAAAUGGCGUUCCUACGACCCGUUCGCCCUCAAGGGCCUCGAGCCUAGCUGCAGGACCUACCACCAGCUCGGCCAGAAAGUCGCCGGGUGCGAGGCGUACGAAGCUCUGAUAUCCCGAAUC